CACAUAGAACAACCAUCAAAAGGAUGUUGGAAACACACACAUCAGUUUAAAAAAAUGCAUAUUUACCGAAGGAAAAAAUUUAGACUUUGUCCAUGCCGAAUUGAUCUGAUUGAUAAGGCCCCCACCCAGGAUUCAUUGAGUCACUCUCUUUCAAACAAAUAUUUACUAGCAGAGAUAACACAAUGGCAGCAUUCCAGCCUCACAGCACCUUUUCUCCUUGUGCUGGUGACGUGAGGGGAAAGUUUUCUAUUCCAUGAAUAUGUCUAUGCUGGGGGAGGGUAUUAAUGUAUAUUUUGGGAGAGGAGGUAUAUGCCUCAAGAUAUGGCUUCAGUUCAGAUUCCCUGGAGUCAUAAAAUCAUCUUCUCAGAUGGUUCCUCCUGAGCUGAGUUGAAGCAUAUUGGUUGGGGACAGUGCUGGCCAGAAGUUUGCACUGCCACUGCCCAUCUUGUACUUGCUCUGGGGAUAUGCAUAGAACUUCUGAGUCCAAGGCUGUCAGACUGAUUUUCUUCUUAAAAGCCCAUCAUACACCAAAGUGAAUGAAACAGUGGGAGCUGGAGCAGAGUAUGGCAAAUACCUUUGUAACUGUAUCUGAUGGGUACUGUCUUGCUGAACCCAUUCAAUAUUAUGAUGUUUUGCCAGAGCACAUCAAUUAUCAGCUGCAAGACUCAGACUUUCAGGCUACUCCUUACUGCCAGUAUUCAACUGUUCAGUUUCCUCCAAUGUUACAGUCACAACCUUCCCAGUCACAAUACAACACAUACAGCCUGGAUUCUCAAUACAGUGAUGGGCAGUACAUAAUCAGUAAUUGUGAAUUAAACAAGCCCCCCUGCAUGGUUGCCCAUAAUGAUGAUGAUGGAUAUCAUGGACUAAAAAGGCCAAGACUAAGUCAUUCCUCCUUGCGAAUGAAGGGUCAGGAAGAGCUCUGUGUUGUAUGUGGGGACAAAGCCUCAGGAUACCACUACAAUGCGCUCACUUGUGAAGGCUGUAAAGACUCAUCCACUCAUUUGUCAGGAUUCUUUCGACGUAGUAUUACCAAAAAUGCAAUAUAUAGAUGCAAGAAUGGUGGCCACUGUGAAAUGGACAUGUACAUGCGGAGGAAGUGUCAGGAGUGUCGCCUGAAGAAGUGUAAGGCUGUGGGAAUGUUGGCAGAGUGUUUGCUGACUGAAGUCCAGUGUAAAUCAAAACGACUCCGAAAGAAUUUCAAGCAGAAGAGCAGUUUCCUUUGUAGCAUCAAGGUGGAAGAUGAGGGAGUAAACAGCAAGCAUGUUUCAUCCACAACUAGACCUGGAAAAAUCCAAGAGAGGAUGGAACUAACUCCAGUGGAACAUCAACUUAUUGAUCACAUUGUGGCAGCCCAUCAAAAAUAUACAAUUCCCCUAGAGGAAGCAAAGAAGUUUCUGCAGGAAACUGCAAACCCUGAAGAGAGUUUUCUGCGGCUCUCAGAGACAGCAGUUGUUCAUGUGCAAGUACUAGUGGAUUUCACAAAGAGACUCCCAGGAUUUGAAAGUUUAGCCAAUGAUGACCAGAUUGCAUUGUUAAAAGGUUCAACGGUGGAAGCAAUGUUUUUGCGUUCGGCCCAGAUAUAUAAUCAAAGAGCUAAUGAAUGCCAGUCAUCAGUGAGUGAAAGUCAUGUAAGAUUUUCUGAUCAUGCUGUGUAUUGUCAUGUUCAAGACAUUGAUAAAAGCACUAUUUAUUCCAUGGAAAUAUCUCACAGUGAAGAGAGUCCAACUUCCACAACUACCACAGGUAUCACUGAGGAGUUUAUCACUGCGCUAUUUUACUUCUACAGAAGCAUGGGAGAACUUAAUGUGACUGAGACGGAAUAUGCCCUACUUGUAGCAACUAUUAUAUUUUUUUCAGAUCGCCCACUCCUAAAAAACAAACAACACGUGGAAAAACUCCAAGAACCCCUUUUAGGUAUUUUGUACAAAUAUUCAAAAAUUUAUCAUCCAGAAGAUCCACAGCAUUUUGCACGCCUCAUAGGGAGGCUUACCGAACUCAGGACCCUCAAUCACAACCAUUCAGAAGUGCUAGUAACUUGGAGGACAAAAGACCCCAAACUGACCUCUUUACUCUGUGAAAUUUGGGAUUUGCAUUGAACUAUAUUACUGUUGUUAUACAAAUGGCUGAUUUUCCUUAAACUUGCAGAAAUGCAAACUGUUCAGAAACGUCUUACUUUUAUAAAAACAUACUAAAAUUUUCACUUUUAUUUUA